ACUCAACAUAACACAGUAAUAAGAAACCAUGUGUAUCUAUAUAUAAAGUCCAAAGUGUAUGAUCAAAUAAUCCCUUAUAAAAAAAUGGCAGGAAGUGGCACAUUUGCAGAGAUUAUAGAUGGUGAUGUUUUCAACUACUACUCAAAUGGCCAAUGGAACAAAUCUUCAUCUGGAAAAUUUGUUCCUAUCAUCAAUCCAACCUCUAACAAAAUCCAUUUCAAGGUCCAAGCUUGUACACAGGAGGAGGUUAACAAGGCCAUAGAAUCAGCAAAAACAGCGCAGAAGUUAUGGGCUAAGACUCCACUUUGGAAAAGAGCUGAGUUGCUUCACAAGGCUGCUGCAAUACUGAAGGAACACAAAGCACCUAUUGCUGAGUGUCUUGUUAAGGAGAUUGCAAAACCAGCCAAGGAUGCUGUCACUGAGGUUGUUAGAUCAGGGGAUUUGGUGUCAUAUUGUGCUGAGGAAGGGGUGAGAGUUCUUGGUGAAGGAAAAUUUCUGGUCUCUGAUAGUUUUCCGGGCAAUGAAAGAACCAAAUACUGUCUCACUUCAAAGAUUCCACUUGGAGUUGUUUUAGCUAUUCCGCCUUUUAACUAUCCUGUCAAUCUAGCUGUUUCAAAGAUUGCUCCAGCUCUUAUUUCUGGAAACUCCAUUGUCCUUAAGCCUCCAACUCAGGGUGCUGUUGCUGCACUGCAUAUGGUGCAUUGUUUUCAUUUGGCUGGCUUCCCUAAAGGCCUUAUCAGUUGUGUUACAGGAAAGGGUUCCGAGAUCGGUGACUUUCUUACAAUGCAUCCGGACGUGAAUUGCAUAAGUUUCACGGGCGGUGACACUGGAAUAGCAAUAUCAAAAAAGUCUGCAAUGAUUCCGCUUCAAAUGGAGCUGGGCGGAAAAGAUGCUUGCAUUGUUCUUGAAGACGCAGACUUGGAUUUGGUAGCUGCUAACAUUGUGAAAGGAGGGUUCUCCUACAGCGGACAAAGAUGCACGGCAGUAAAGGUGGCUUUGGUCAUGAAAUCGGUUGCGGACACACUUGUAAAGAAAAUAAACGAUAAAGUGGCAAAAUUAACGGUCGGACCUCCUGAGGAUGACUGUGAUAUCACACCGGUUGUGACAGAGUCCUCUGCUAAUUUUAUCGAAGAACUGGUAAAGGAUGCUAAAGAGAAAGGAGCAACAUUCUGUCAAGAAUACAAAAGGAAAGGAAAUCUGAUAUGGCCACUUUUGUUGGAUAAUGUUGGGGCCAAUAUGAGGAUAGCAAGGGAAGAACCAUUUGGACCAGUUUUGCCAGUUAUAAGAAUAAAUUCGGUUGAAGAAGGAAUUCUGCAUUGCAAUAGUAGCAAUUUCGGCCUUCAGGGAUGCGUGUUUACGAAAGACAUAAACAAAGCAAUGCUGGUAAGCGAUGCAAUGGAGACGGGAACGGUUCAAAUUAAUUCGGCCCCGGCUCGUGGACCUGAUCACUUCCCUUUUCAGGGUUUGAAGGAUAGUGGAAUUGGUUCUCAAGGAAUCACCAAUAGUAUCAACAUGAUGACCAAAGUUAAGACCACUAUAAUCAACUUACCAACACCCUCUUAUACUAUGGGAUGAGAAUCAGAUGCUUAAUACAUAGUUACUCAAAGGAAUAAUUUUCACUAUGAUAAGAUGAUAAGAGGUGCUUCCAAUUUCCUAUGCUUUAUAGCUUAGUUUAAGAAAGUGAAUAUUCGACAAUCUUUAAGGGAAAUUUCUGCAUAUAAAUAAUGUUAAAAAGAGGUAUUGAUUCGAAUUUAGUGUUCGAUAUACUACACGAUUAUAUUCUUUUGAGAAAGAAUUUUGUCAUUAUCAUAGUCAUCCUCGACUCGAGAGAUUAGUCUCUGCAAUUGUGUGUAGAAGAUAUUCAAUUUUAAAAAACAAUGAACAUUUAUCUUUCUUUUUUUCA